GGAACGCCUCCAGCUGGGGAGAGGGGGAGUGGCAGCACCCAGAGCUGCUUCCUUUCCUUGCAAGCCAGGUCUGGCCCUCAAGACUUACCCACUGUGCGGGGAGGGAAAGGGUAGCUGGCAUGGGGCUGGAGCACCAGCACAGGCUCCCUGCUGUGGGGGAAGGGGUGAGCCCACCUGCAAGAUGGUUGCAGACCACUAGUGGUCCCCAGACCAUACUUUGGCUAGUGUCCUAUGCACCAGGCCAGCCAUCGCCAGCCCACGGCUCGCGAGCCGCAUGUGGCUCUUCACCACCAAAAGUGCGUCUCUCGCAGUGUCCCCCCUAGCUCCCAAAGCAGCUGCUGGGACCUGGUUCCCUGUGCUCACCGGGUGCUCCCUGUGCUGUGCCAUCCAGCGCGGGAAAGCAAAAUGACACUGGCAAGAUGGCUGCCGGGAUCCUGAUGUGGCCAAAAAGCCAAAAGCCAAACCAGCGUUUUCAUUUAAAGAGUACACUUUUUUGGGGGGGUUUUUUUGCUCAACAACUCUUUCCACUAUGUCCACCACUAUUUUGCCUCUUUGUACUAGGCGAUGGUGGCUUUUGGCUUUGCUCAGUAAACCGAACCUAUGGGACCAGCCAACAGCUCCUAGCUUCAGCAGUUUCUCCAGAUUCGCCCCAGGACAAGGGAGAAGAGAAUGAGGCUCCUGAAGAAAGGAACUUCAUCCCCUUCACCCUUCCAGGGGCGGAGAGGGCGGGGGGGAGAUCUCACUGCAGGUGCCCCAGAGUUCCACAGCUACGGAGAAGCUCAGGGCUCUUCACAGACCGCUCUCAGAUGCAAGGGGUCUGCUCUGACCUGAGUAUUAGUAGUGCAUUGGGCAGGAGCCUCCGCCGAUGUAGCUUGAAGCGAUGCCAUUUGCACGGCCUGGGGAUUUGGCCCAAAUGGCCAAUGGCUGCCCCGGGAUUAAUUCUUCUCAUCUGUGCAGACUCCCCAGAUAGCUUUGACAAUGAGGAGGACUAUGACGACGUCUCCAUGUCUGAGGUGGGAGAGCAGAUGCUGCAAAGGCACCCGGCUCAUGCACAGAACACAGAUGCCACAAGCCCGGAAGGCACAGGGGUUUACGUGCUUGCCGGGAAACCAGCGUCGCUGAGUCCCCCAAGGACAGCGGACCCCCUUCCUGACUCCAACCACGGAAAGGGCCACAGAGCCAAGUCCAUCAUGACCCUCUACGUCCUGAUGGGGAUUUGCUUUGCAAUGUGGGCCGUCCUCCUCUCAGUGGCAGUGGUGAAGUACUCGGAGAUGUCAGAGGAGUUAAAAGGGUUAAACUAUAACUACUCGGAGAUGCUAACGAAUGUGCUGCAAGCCCUGGCCGAUGCUCGAACAGAGCGAGAAGAAAUCCAGAGCAACAUGAACAAAAGCUAUAAGGAACUGUGGGACAUCGCAGAGUCCAUCUGCAGUGCUCUGCCAGAGCCUUUACGCUGUCACGCAGGCUGGAAGAAGUUUGAGAAAGCCUGCUAUUUCUUUUCAAACAUGACAGGAGAUUGGACAUGGGCAAAGCAGUUCUGUGUUGAUCAAAAGUCUCACCUGGUUUCCGUUAACACUGAUGAGGAACAGGCUUUCUUGAAAGAACAUAGUGAGAGUGACAAGACGUACUGGCUGGGGCUGAGUGAUGCAAUGGAGGAAGGGAGGUGGCAGUGGGUAGACCAGAGCACAUAUUCUACCAGCUUCUGGUACAUAGAGGGCCCAGACUCCAAGAGGGAGGAAGAAGACUGUGCCAGCAUGAGGCCUUCUGGGAUGUGGGAUGAUUCCAACUGCUCCCAGCCUAAUUACUGGAUCUGUGAAAAGAAAUGGAUCUGCUGACCCACUUCUCCAGAGUGCUCUGGCUGUGGAUCGAGCCGAAGUCCCAUUCCUUCUUCUGCAGCUGCUCAGUGGCAGAUGAGCACUCACUUCAGCUCCCCCCAAGAGCUGGCUUGCAGGUGCCAUUUCUCCAGUUUUGAUAGCGCUCGCCUGAUUCCUGCAUGUUAGUGAGGGAUUAUAGGUUCUGGAGUCCAAUUGAUCUUGAAAAAUCAGACCCGCUUACCUCCAGUGCCGAAUCAUUAUGAGCAAGAUCUACCCAGCGCUGCUUGUGUCCUUAACUCAAAUACGUUUUCUUUUUUUUCCUUUAAAUCGUUAUCCCAGUGUGGGGCUGAGGAGGAGGGGGUCAAUAUACUGGCUGCCUCAUGGAGCGAGGACAGCCCCAGUCCUUUCUUGCUGCAGCAGCUUGGGGCCAGGUGAGAAGCACCUCUCCAUGGCUGCUACCACUGCAGUGGGCACAGCCAGGGGCGGGGUGGCAUGUCCCCUGGCUGGAGGACAGACAGACACACAAACACACACAUUGUCUGAAAUAUAUAGUAGAGAGCUGUCCCUUUCUCCAUCCCUGCUCCCAGCUAGCCCAGUGCAGUUAUGGCUGUCCUGGUCCCCAUCUCUGGCCCCUUGCUGCCUCCCUGUGGUCAUUCUGUAGCAUAACAGUCCAUCCUGCCAGAUGCUCCCUUUCCAUUUUAUGAAAAACACUCAAACUCCAGACACAUCCCAUUGCCUUGGCACAACCAAACUAUUACCUUGCUUUAAGAUAUGACCAAGAGGAAGUGGCGGUCCUAGCACUUAUAAUUUAGGAGGGGUUCUUGAACAAAUGGACUCACAGAUGGAUGGCUAGACAGAUAGACACACAUUUCUAAAGUAUACAGUACGAUUCCUGUGAUUGAUAUAAACGAAUGUGGCAAGCAUGGGUUUGUUGAGGCUUGAUAUGCGUGAAUUGACUAAAGGAUUCUGGGAGCAGGAUUCCUUUUCCAUAAGACAGAUGGUAUGGAAAUGUACUGAGUGCGCUGAAAUGCACGUAUAGUUCAACACAGCACUUAGGUCCAUGAUGCUGUAAGACAUCAGGGUAGCCAACAUCCUGCUAUGAGGCUUUUGUAUGACUUUUGAACCAGUGAGCCUCAGAGUAACCAAGACCUUGCUUUGGGGACAUUUGAUAGACCAAGCGCUUGAAGAGAAGCGAAGAGAAGAGAAGAGACUCCGUCUAGGAGUUGAAGCUAUAUCUGCUUUGUUUGGCAUUCAGGAUACUGUGUAAGGUCAACAUAGUUACUGAAUGUUUAAGCUUAGGGAGCUGCCGGGCAUUGAGGGGAGUAUUAUAUAACCUUUUCCUGCAUGUGUGAUUCUCUCUAAAAUAAACAGCUGUACAUUGAGCAAACUAAACCAAGUUUUCACUGAUAUGGUAAUGAUCUGCUCAGCUGUGGGCCAUUAAAAGAUGUGUGUCAACACUGCCCAAGCUGUACCCACACUCUGGCUAAAAUGAUCAGCAGCUGAAACGUAAUUGUAUUGACAUGUAAGUGUUCACCACUGGGGUUCAGAAUCAACAGCCAUGUAAAACAAACAAGGAAAGUUCAUUUCUCUUGGAAGUAUGAGGCCCAAUUCUUUCACCUGUGUCUGUUUUAAACCAUGGCAACAACUGAUUUAAAUUUAGUUAUUUCUGCAACAAUAGUAUGUACCGAACUCUCAGAAAUGUUACUGUCCAUAGACUACUGGUAAUUUUUAAACUUAACAC